AAUCAAAGAACGGGAGCGAGGAGGAGGGAUGAGUGAGAAUGUGGGGGGUCCACUUUCCUCUCCACAAGCCCGUCAGCACCCAAAAAGUCCCCUCAACCAAUGAAGUCUUGUCACUGGGGACUCACGUGGACGGGGCGUCCUUAAAAACCUAGCUCCUGAGUUUUCCUCAAGUUUCAUCUCUGUGCUUUCGUUCACAGUUAUGUCUAUUUAACCCGCGUUACCUCUGUUUUACAGUGCACGUCUUCUCGACUGCAGCUGCCCACCGGUUUCGAGUCUCUUGUUGCAUCUCUAUGCUGGCUCAGGAUGCCUUUACCUUCCUCUGCCAUCGAGCGCCGCACGGGUCACACAAGCGAACCACUUUUUAAGUGAUUAACAUUUCAGCAAUUGUGUCCUCGCGCUGCGUCAUUUCCAGGUCUUGAAUUCCACCUGCAACACUCGCUGCUGUCUCUGUCCGUGGUGCUGAAACGUGGUGCUGAAUCGCCUUGCGCUAAUGCCGCUCCACUGCCUCUAAUCAAUGUAGUCUUUUGUCAAUAUUUGAAAUAAAUUGAGAAAUAAUUGAGAAAUCUUACCGACGAGUUUUCAUUUCUAAAAAAUGUUGUAAAAAAUUGGAUCCAGAAAAAUCAAUCAAACUUCCCAACAGAGAAUAGCACCAAGCUGCAUCGAUUUUAUGAAGAGUGCUGUACUUAGGACAAAAUAGUUGGAUGCAGGGUUGAUGUAACAUCGAUAACCUGGAGAUUGUGCCAUUUUGCCAGCUAUAAAAUUCAAUCAAGAAGAGGAGAAAACAUCGUGGAUGAAUAUUUGUGAUUUCCGUAACAUCUUUGGAUUUUCCAGCUGGAUAAAUUGAGGCAGUCUCAUCUCAGCAAUCGCCGCUCAACCUGAACUUGCCUCGAAUACCAAUGAUAGUUUGAGUUGAGGCCUCGAAGAACUCAGUUGCGCCGGUAAACAAUGGAGGCAUCCACCAAUGGGUCCAGCUUUGGGAUCGACUCUUUACUUUCCCACAGACCUGGAAGUCCGGUCAUGUCGAAAGGGGACAGUUUGGUGGGAGAGUGCCGGUCACCGUUGGAGUUCAGCCCGAGGUCAGACCUAGAGAGCGGCUGCUCCUCUCCCCGGUCGCCGAGGAGGGAGUGUCUGGAUGAGGCAUCGCAGAGGCAAGGUCACGCUAUCGGGCUGCCGCUUCAUCUCCAACAAGGACAGAUCUCCGCCGGGUCACAGCCGCGGACCGUCACCUCUUCCUUUCUGAUCAGAGAUAUUCUAGCUGACUGCAAACCGCUGGCCGCCUGCGCCCCAUACUCCAGUAAUGGCCUGCCAACUCAAGAAACGGGGCGACUUGUCUCCAAGCUCGCAGAGGACUUCAUGGACAAAAUCCAUAGCAACUCGUCGUCAGACAGCGAAUACAAAGUGAAAGAGGAAGGAGGCCGAGAGAUCUCGAGUAGUAGGGACAGUCCGCAUCACAUUCGGCUGAAGAAACCCAGGAAGGCGCGAACAGCCUUCACCGACCACCAGCUGGCCCAGCUCGAGCGCAGCUUCGAACGGCAGAAGUACCUGAGCGUGCAAGACCGAAUGGAGCUGGCUGCUUCCCUCAACCUCACAGACACACAGGUCAAAACCUGGUACCAGAACAGGAGAACAAAGUGGAAGAGGCAGACAGCGGUUGGACUGGAACUGUUAGCGGAGGCUGGAAAUUACUCUGCUCUUCAGAGAAUGUUUCCGUCGCCCUAUUUCUACCCUCAAAGCCUGAUGUCCAACCUGGACCCCGGAGCGGCGCUCUACCUAUACAGAGGACCCUCGGCGCCUCCUCCCGCUCUGCAACGACCUCUCGUUCCGCGGAUUCUUCUCCACGGUCUGCAGGGGGGUAGUGAACCACCCCCACUCCCCCUUCUCUCCGGUGUGCUUCCCCGGCCAACACAGCAGCGGUGAGACGGCCUCUCCGGAUAUAUGCCAUACCUGGCAGUCUGGGACUCUAAACGAGAGAGGAAAAAACGAUUCAAACUGGUGACAAAAGAAGCUGGCAUCAAACAAUGAACUUCAUGACUAAAUUUCCAACUCUCUAAAGUGGACAGGUUUUUACCAUACUGAAGUUAUUUAUUUAUAACUUAGGCCUAUUUAUUUUUCUCUAUGUAUUUAACUUAUAUAUUUAUAUUUUUGUUUACCAUAAAAAUCUUUAGCGUGGGCUACAUCAGAAAGGACACGAUCGUUUUACAGAUACUAGUCGCUGGCACCAGGUCUUAUGGCAAUGUCACUUUUACUCAGACUUAAGAAAUCAUAAAAUUACUAUUAUUAUGAUUAUUAGGCUAUGUUGUCAGGAUACAAUGGAGAGAAAAAACAUGCAUAACAAACCAAUGUAUUGGUCUGUAAACUGAAAUGGCAUUCCAAAUUGAGUUGAAUAAUUAGAGGAGAGCCAAAGGCAUUUCAUAACAGUUAUUCUUUCUCUUUCUCUUUACAAAGACCAGUUGACUUUCAUUCACUUUUUUACAAAGGAACAACAUUAGAAUCCGAAGACGUAGACAUGUAAAAAACGAAUAUUUUGAAUUCUAUUUUUUAAAGUAUCUUGAUUUGAAGAUAUUUUUCUUUCACUCAUUUUUUUAUUUCCUUCAGAUGACAAAGAUUCUGUACAAAAACUAUAGAUUAGCAAGAGCUCAAGGUUUAUUCCCUAUCAUUUCAGAGAUAAUCAGGGGGGGAACAAUGAAGUUCCAUGAGAUGAACAUGUAUUUAAAAAUGUCUAAUCAUAAGGUUUUUACCUAAAGUCCGAAUGAUAUCAAAUACGGAGUCAAAGUAAGAGGUAGGCCUAAAUCAAUUUACGAAGGCGCAAUGAAUCCUUGCAAACCCUUCAUUUUUGAUAAACAAAUAAUGAUUGAAGACUGAGUCGGUUGCCAAUUUGGGUCGUGUGCCUGUUGAUUUGCUAGGUGUAUUAAACAGACGUUGUGCAUUACUUACUUACGUUAUUUCAUACGAAACCGGUGGAAACCUUGUUAGGCUACUUACUCUCUUUAGUGAAAAUGUAUAUUGCAGAUAUUCAUUUGUGGAUUGGUUCUCUUAUUUCUGGUUCGUUUUUUGUUCCCCUCCCCAUGUGUUAGCUAAACGAACCUUUUGUCAAACUGUUCAAACAUCUUAAAUCGGCGCUAGAGGGGGAUCUACUUUUAUAUACGUGUAAAUAAAGGUAUUUCAUUUAAUAACGUGACUACGUUAUAUCUUUCAAAACUCACGCAUGACAAAUA